AUGAGCUCUCUCAUCAAGAGAACGGCUGCGUACACCAACGUCAGCGAGCGUGCGCUGUACAAGUGGGUAGCGGAGCACGAUAAGCACGGCGAGGUACUUUCACCCAAGACGCUGUCUCGCGGUGGCAGGGGCCGCGAUCGAGAGCAGCUGCUGGACGACUUCGACCUUGGUGUGUUGCGCAGAGUCAUGCACGGUUUCUAUAAACGGCGGGAAAUUCCGACGGUGCGCGAGCUCGCGGCAUACUUCAAAGAUGACUCGCUGCCGUCCGUGUCCGCGACAACCAUACACAGGAUGCUGCUCCAGGUAGGCUUCCGCUUUAAGAAGCGUUCCCGAAAUUCACUCCUGAUCGAGGCCACUCACAUCAUCCAGUGGCGACGCAAGUACUUGCGCCAAAUUAAGGAGGUUCGACGCCAGGGACGACCCAUCUUCUACACUGAUGAAACCUGGGUGAACGCAGGGCACACUGUGAGCCGUGGGUGGGUCGACGAGACCAUUAGGUCCGCUGAGCACGCCAAGAAAGCCAACCUGACGACAGGCCCGCCAAACCCCAGUGGUAAGGGAGGGCGCCUCAUUAUUACUCACUGUGGCAACGAGGACGGCUUCAUCACAGCUGCCGGUGAAGUAUUUCGAGCCAGAAAGGGAACAGGCGACUAUCAUGAUGAAAUGGACGGCGCCCACUACGAAAAGUGGUUUAAAGAAAAACUACUGCCGAAUUUGCCGCCACAAAGUGCCAUUGUGCUUGAUAAUGCACCUUAUCAUUCUGUGAAGCUUGAUAAGGUACCCCGUAUGGGUACGUUGAAAAAAGACAUUCAGGCCUGGCUCUCUCUGAAGGGUGUGACCUGGAGCAGUGACCUGGUGAAGGCAGAACUGAUAAAGCUUGUUCAAACCGUAAGUACGGAGGGUAAUAGGUAUCGCAUUGACUGCAUUGCUGCCGAUGCUGGUCACACUGUCAUACGCUUGCCGCCGUACCACUGUGAGCUCAACCCGAUUGACCUCGUGUGGAGUGAUGUUAAAGGUUAUGUUGCAAAAGCCAAUACACACGUCAAGAUGGAAGGCCUCGAUGCUCUUGUUUGGAAAGGUAUAGAUCAAGUCACUGCACAAAAAUGGAAAAAUUACGUGAGCCACGUAAUAGAAGCGGAGGAUGACAUGAUGAAGAUUGAUCACAUCAUUGAUGAUGUCAUUGAUGACAACCAACGAGUCGUAGUGACCUUGGAUGAUGACACGACGAGCAGCGAUGAAAGCAGCUUGAAUGAAGAUGAUGAUCAGCCUCUUCGUUGA